CGUGGGCACCUAAUUUUCCUCUGGCCAAUCAAAUGUCAUUAUUUUUACACAUAGCGACGCUGGCAGCCAAUAGGAACAUCUCAUGUGAGGAAGCUGAAGACAUGGCGCUGCGCAUAGGACGUGCUUACAGAAGAGAGUCUGUGUUGGGGAUAAGUCGUCUACUUUUAUCUGCGGUUUCCUGGUGUCAGUCCAGCCAGCGUUCCCACCAUACUCCUGGCACCUCUCUGAAGUACAUACCACGCCGCGCCGUGCUGUAUGUUCCCGGCAACGACGAAAGAAAACUGCGGAAACUGACUUCUCUGGACGUGGACUGCGCCGUUCUCGACUGUGAGGAUGGAGUCGCCCUCAACAAGAAGGAUGCAGCUCGGAAAACCAUCCCAAAGAUGCUGGCCGAGCUGGAUCUGGGGCGUAUGGAGAAGUGUGUGCGGGUGAACUCGGUGUCCAGCGGCCUGGCUGAAGCUGACAUGGAGGUUAUUCUGCAGGCAGACGUGCUUCCCACAGCUCUCAUGCUGCCAAAGGUGGAGGACACAGGAGAGGUGCAGUGGUUUGUUGACAGGUUUCAGCGAUACUUAAAAGGCAGAGAGCUCGAGGAACCCAUCCGCUUGGUCACCUUUGUGGAAACUGCUGUGGGUCUGCUGAAUUUUAAGGCAGUGUGUGAAGCACUUCGAGAUCUUGGGCCAAAGGCAGGUCUUCAUCAUGAUGGAGUUGUCUUCGGGUCAGAUGACUUCUGUGCCAGCAUAGGAGCCACACGCACUAAGGAUGCUAAAGAACUCCUGUAUGCCCGGCAGAAAGUGGUGGUCACCACCAAAGCAUUCGGUCUCCAGGCGAUCGACCUUGUUUACAUCGACUAUCAGGAUGUGGAAGGACUGAGGCAGCAGGCCAGAGAGGGCGCGCUUAUGGGCUUCACUGAUUCUGUCCGUCUAUGUGAGAUUUUGAGAGUCAUCUGACAGUGGCACUCUGCUAAAUGGUAGUGAGCCAACCAGACGUACCCAAACCAGAUGGCACCUCGUGAUUGGCUGAAUGGCAUUGGGGAGCGAUAAUGAUGCACAGCAACCGUCCAAUAGCGGCGCUGCGCAAGGGCUCACCACGCCCACUUUGCUCACCCUGUCACUAGCUGGCUCAGAACAGACAGCUCCUGAACAGGUGGUAGUCUGGGGAAGGGGCAUAUUUUGUUGAUGUGAGGGAACGACCCCCUGCCAGUCUUUUCUGGGAUGGGCGUCACAAACAUGGACCUUGAGCCUCAGCUUUAGGGUGUUGAUCCAACAGGCCGUCUCCUCCAGAGCAGCAGAGGGACAGUACACACACACACACACACACACACACUCUGGUGAUUUUUCCGUCUGCAGCGCUGUUGGCUCAAUAAGAAAACGCAGUCACCAAGCUGGUUUGCUUUAUUUACAUUGAAGCGCAUGCUUAGCUGUCAUUGGUUAACCUGACGCCUCAUUCACUCCCAGCUGCAUCAUCAGAUUGUGUCGUAUCUUGCAGCAUUUGGCUUCGACAAUGUGUAAAAGAUGCAGAAAGUAACACCUGUGCUGUUGCAAGACUGUGUUAACAUAUGACUGACAUUACGCUGCAAUAUGUAACAUUGUGUGCUAAAUUAUGUGGGAACUCAAUGGAUAACACAUGGCAGAGGCUGUUUCAGAGGGGUUAACUGGGGUAAGAGCCACAGAUGGAGCUAAUGGUUUUCUCAUGUAUUAAAUUCUACGGCUGUCAGCUAGCUACCUUUCCGUAUUUGUUUUGCAGAAGCAAAACGUAACAGAUAUUUCUCAAAUUAAGCCUCAUCACCCAGAGGUUUGAUCUGGGAACAUGUUCUUGAUUAUUAUGGUGCAAUGCUGGACAGAUGCUAUUUUUGAGAAUAAGGUUUCUGCCGUCAUGACCGUAAUCCGUUUUAGCUUCUUACCCGAUGCCGCAAAGCAGGGAGGAAAAGGAAAUGUAUAUUUGAAAAUGGCAUCCACAUUGUUUUCAAAAGACCUUACAUAAAUAAUAAUUACAUUUACAUUUAUGCAUUUAGCAGACGUUUUUAUCCAAAGCGACUUACAUUGCAUUCAAGUUACAGUUUUUACAUUUUAUCAGCUCUAUUUUAAUAAUAAUAAUAAUUAAUAAUCGAGUUUAAACCAAUGAGAAAGAAAUCAUUUUAGUAUAUCAGAUUAUCUUUAAGCAUUUUUCUUUUUCUUUUUUUUUUUUAUGGAUAAAGUAGGUAGUAAGUACAUGGAUUCCUGACUUUGGGUUAUGGAUCAUUUUAUGGUCAUCUGUUGUAGUAACCUCUAAUUUUUCACCCCAGCGUUGGGUCAUUAACACACAUACCUGAGUUUAUGAGAGGUAUCAGUUGUUGCUGUCCAUGACAUCUAUAUCUAUGUGUAGUGUGUGUGUGUGUGUGUGUGUGUGUGUAUGAAGUGUGUUGAGGUGACUGCAUGUGUGUGGCUCUCACAUGGGCCUGUAAUAAAAGCAGCAAGUCAAGUCUCACAGAGGCUGCCUCAGAUUGGAGUGUAACUAAGCGUGCAGUAAAGUUUCAGAGUUCAGCGGGGCACGAGGCGAAAAUCGGGAUGACACCCAUAAUUCAUAGCAUCCUCUGUGCCUGCUGUGUCCCUUAAAUUCAUUCUUGGUCAGGGAGCUGUACUGGAGUGCCAAUGCCUUUGCUUCUCUGGAGCAAAGCCCUUUAAAUGUGGAGGAAUAAUCCUAGAUGUUUUUUUUUUUUUUUUUUUUUUUUUUACAGAGUUUUGUAUGCGAGUGGAAAUAAAAAGGUUUAUACCCAAAUAAAUGAAUUUUUAUCCUACAUUUGGGCUUACCUUUAAAGAUCACAUGAAUACUACUAACUCUUAUUACUGGAGACUGUUGGUUGUAGAAUUGUUGGCCUGUGCAUGUUAUGAUGGCUGGUUUAAAAAAAAAAAAAAGGAAAAAAAAGUGACGUAAGGGUGUUUAACAAUUAAAAAAUAUUUUAUGUCUUUUAUUUAUUUACUGAGACGGGGCCAUUAAAUGUGUUAUUCUCUUUGGAAUAUUUAUUUAUUUUUGUUCAAUUGUUAGGGAUUAAUUCUGUCCCUU